CCUUUUUUGUUUCAUUGUCACGAAGCUACGAGCGGAUUGCUGGUUCAUCAUCCUUCCCCCUUACUCAUUAUAACUCUUUUUAUUCUCGUGUUAUCAUAAUCUUCGCCUCUUCUGUUUUCGCAUUCGUCACAUUGCAUAUUUGGCGUCCCACUGUUCACAUCUCUAUCCGUUUUUCAAAACUAUCAUGGAUUGUUUCAAAGACAAAUUCGUUGAGGGCCAGCUCCUGGACGGGCGGUUCCGUACCGUCGCCCCAUUGAACCAUGGUUCAUUUGGAAUGGUCUUCCUUGCAAAGGACAAUUGGACCGGACAAGAUGUUGCCGUCAAAUGCUUGACCAAGCCUACAUCCGCAGAUGCUUCAACCUUGGCUGUCGAUAUGUCUUCCGAGGAGCUUGAGUGCCACAAGAAAUUGAGCCAUCACCCCAACAUCGUCAAUCUCAUUCACUCCUUCGAGACCACUACUCAUACGUACUUGGUUUUGGAGUAUUGCUCCAUGGGUGACCUUUACGAGGCCAUCCGCGUCAACCGUGGCCCUCUUGAAACCGAGCAUGUUCGUGACUUUAUGUUGCAGCUUCUCGAUGCCGUGGAGUUUAUGCAUUCGAAUGGCCUUUAUCAUCGUGAUAUCAAGCCGGAAAACAUCUUUUUGAGCCAAGAUGGUUCCAUGAAGCUCGGCGACUUGGGUCUUGCUACUCGCAAUGCUAUCUGUCAUGAGGCGUGCGUUGGUAGUGACCGCUACAUGGCCCCGGAGCAGUACGAACCGCCUCAAGGUGGCUAUUCGCCAGCCAAAGCUGACAUCUGGGCCAUUGGUAUCUGCCUGCUCAACAUCUUGUUCGCCCGCAACCCCUUUGUCACGCCAACCGAGUCCGAUGUCUUGUUCGCAGACUACGUCAGGGAUCGCCAGUCCCUUUUCGACAUCUUCCCCAACAUGUCUCAGGAUACUUUCGAGAUUUUGCGGAAUGCAUUGGCCCUUGAUCCAGAGAAGCGUACUCUAUCUGGUGUGCGGGAAGCCAUCAUGCGUACAGUCAGCUUCACCACCGACGACGAGACUUUGGACGAGUUCUGUACCGAGGAUCGUGACGUUGUCGCAGCCAGUGCCAACCGUGAGCCGCUACGCACUCCUUCAAUCCAAUCUCCUCACAUCAGUGCUGGCGACAGCUUCCCUUGGGCCAAAGCUCUCCAAGCAAGCCCUCAACAGCCUGUUCGUCAAUUGUCGGCUAUUCCGGAUACCGAAUACUACUCGGAAGACCUGUUCCCUCCUUCGGAGACAGCUGGUACUUCCUGGUACUCGGUUCACCCAGAGACACCUUCGACCGCUUCCAUUCUGGAAUCCGCCAUGGGUGCUUCGUACAAUUCCCUGGCAGCCCGUCCAAUCCAGUCUCUUCACUCUGCUCGCAUCCCCAUGAGUGGGUCCUUGCCUACUCAUGUUGCCAAGCCCUUGCCUGCCAUGUCUCUUGUCUUUGGCAACAAAGGUAAACGGGAUCAGAUUUCCAAGAGCUGGAGCGACCUCUGGGAUGAAGAGGAGGAGGAGUCUGAAAACGAGGACCUCACAUUGCAGCAACGCCGUGAGAACAAUGCUCGUAGCUGGAGCCAGGAUAGCAAGGAAGAUGUCAAGGAAGCCAGCAGUCCUAUUCAGCCAGUAGGUGUUUUUGAACAGCAGUUGCCGUCUCCUAUUGCCAGGCCAGCUGUAGAGAAAUCUGAGACUCUGUCCAAGUCGGUGCCGCUGCCUAUUUCGCCAAAACCUCAAGCAGUGACACCAGUCUCUCAGACACGUCAUCGAAACGCUCGAUUCACCGGUACUCCUAAGCGUUCCGUUGUUGAUAAAUGGGCUGCACUUGGUGAUCGUCGCCGGAACUAUCGUUCAGAUGAAGAGACUGUUCCUCGCCUCAAGAAGCAGCGUUCCAUGAAUCUGAGCUGGAGACGCGAAUCUCCACCAUCCAGCCCCCAGUCAUGGCGCAACCCUUUUCUCGACAAGGAAUGGCGUCCGAAAGCGAAGUUGAGCAGUGACUAUCACGGCAGUGUGGACGAAGACCUCGAUUUGGUCGGCGGGUGGCACGAUCUUCACCUGUAGUUUUAUACCAUCGCAACUCAUUUUAUUUUUCUUUCCCAAUAUUCUAUCACGCAAUCCCCCUGCUCUCCUAGACUCGUGCGUGAAGGGUGCUCUUGCUCAGUGUUUUCUUUUGACCUUGAUUUAUUUUUUUUUUCUUUAUUUCUAUAUCGAUCUCUACUCGACUUGUCGCCUUUGCUUUACUACUCUUCACGGGCGACAUCCCGCAUCGGUUUCGUCGCGGGCGAUGGAAAACGGAGACACCGUGUCUUAUGUAUACUACGACAUCACUUUCGAUGGCACGGCGCAAAUGGAAAAACAAAAAAGAUCGUUUUACGGGGCAUUGGAGCGGUAGAAGUCAGCGUUUUCUUCAGACCGGCGUUAUUCUUCAUGAAACCAUUUCACCAUAUUCUUAUUUUGUUGUUUGAGCACAUUUCUUCCUACGGUCAUUGAAAAUUGCAGCUUGUAGUCACCUUUCGCAUUGAGUUUUGAGAGUCCUCGGCAUUUUGGUGCUCCAUCAAAAAUGUCGGCAAGAAAGAGAAGGAAGUGCUUGUACAUUAGCACCUGGACGUCUGCCACUGCUCUAUUCUCUGCGAAUAGGGUAGUGGAAGGAGAAAUUUUUGGGAUUGCGGAAUGCUUUUUUGUUUUUCAGCUGGCUUAUUUUGCAGCGGUUCGUCAGUCGAUUUAGAUCUUCCUGUCGUUUCUGGUCACCUAGUUUGUACUUGGUGUGCUUUGAAGUCGAUUGGAGGAAGGGCCUGUAUUGUAGGUAGCUAGCUAGAUCAUUAUUCUUUUUCUUGAGAAAGAAAGGAAAAGCAAAUGGACAGUUUUGAAAUUGGGAAUUCUGCCUUCAG